UUCUAGAAAAUCCUUCUUGUGUCAUCCUCGUAUUGUUGAAUGUCAAUUUUGUAUUUUGUGUCAAUUUAAUUUGUUGUUUUGUUUGGCGGCACUUGCUUAAUUCUCGAAUUUCCAGCGCAGAUUUCAGGAUUUCAGUUUGCGAAGGUGAUAAAAAAGGUAGUUAUUAACGAAGUACCUACAAAAAUUACAAGAUGUCUGGAUCUAAAAUAAAUGAGCUGCGUAGCGACAUUGAUGAACUAAAUGAACUGCUCAAGCAGGCGAAACGUAAAAAAGUUCAGGAUAUUUUGUCUCUGGAGGUACGCAAGUUGGAAACAGAAUGGUGUAAUUUAAAAGAAAGCGAGGACAGUGCAUGUGCAAUGGAGGUGUCUCCCGCGCCUACCACAUCCUCUCAAAAUAAACGUUACCAGAUCAAAUUAAAUGGCUAUGGUUGGGAUCAAUCUGACAAAUUUGUGAAAGUGUUUGUUACUUUGAAAGAUGUCCAGAAUGUGCCAAAAGAGCAGGUCUACUGCAAGCUGACCGACAGAUCAAUGGAGCUUCAUGUUGACAACCUGGACAACAAAGACUACCUGCUGGUUAUAAACAAACUACUCCAUCCCAUCAAUGUUGCAGAGUGCCAUUGGAAGCAAAAAACAGACAUGGUAGUAGUCUUCCUUGCAAAAUCUGAACAAAACGUCAAAUGGUCACACAUGACUGAGCUUGAGAAGAAGUUUGAAGACCAACGCAAUAACCGCUUCAAGACAGACGAUAUGGACAAGAAAGACCCACAGGAGUCCAUCAUGAGUCUCAUGAAGAAUAUGUAUGAAACAGGUGAUGAUGAAAUGAAGAGAAUGAUCUCCAAAGCUUGGUAUGAAGGACAGCAUAAAAAGAAAACGGACACCUUAGAACUUUAAAAUGUGAUUAUCUCUGAGGUCUGAUAUUUUGAUAAAUAAUUGUACCUAAUAAGUAGUAUAUUAUUAUUUUGUUUCCUUUGUUAAGAUAUAUAAGAGUAAAAUGUAAAUUUUUAAUUAGUAGAACAUUUGAUUUUGAGACAGUGUUAAAUUAAUAGCCAAUGCUUUAAUUUUUUGAAAAACUUGUUGUAUUAGCUUAUCUGAUAAAGUUUCAUAAAUAAAAGAUAAAUGUUAUACCGUAA